AUGCGUGCAAAUUCCAUUGAUAUUCAUCCUAAUGCAACAUGGUCAAAGAAUGGUAUCACUGUUGCUGGAGGAAAUAGCCAAGGCAGUGAAACCAAUCAACUCUCGUACCCAUGGGGUUUGUACAUCGACGAAGAUCAGACGAUUUAUGUUGCUGAUCUGUUUAAUCAUCGUAUUAUGGAAUGGAAAUCUGGUGCAACGAAUGGCAAAGUAGUUGCUGGUGGGAAUGGAGAAGGAAAGGGAGCUCAUCGAUUAAAUGGCCCACGAGAUGUGAUUAUCAACAAAGAGAACGAUAGUCUCAUCAUCUGCGAUUAUUGGAAUAAAAGAGUAGUUCGAUGGCCUCGGCGAAAUGGUACUCGUGGAGAAACAAUUAUUUCAAAUAUCGCUUGCUAUGGUUUGACAAUGGAUGACAAUGGUUCUCUCUAUGUCGUUGACGAAGGAAAACACGAAGUGAGACGAUAUAAAAUUGGUGAUACUCAAGGAACAGUGGUUGCAGGUGGCAAUGGAGAAGGAAAUCGUCUCGAUCAACUCUCUUCUCCCCAAUCCGUAUUUGUCGAUCGAGAUCAUUCGGUUUAUGUGUCUGAUUGGGGAAAUCAUCGUGUCAUGAAAUGGGAAGAAGGUGCAACACAAUGCAUUAUCGUAGCCGGUGGUCAAGGAGAAGGAAAUAGUCUUACACAAUUGCAUGGUCCUAAUGUAAUCGUUGUUGAUCAAUUGGGUACUGUCUAUGUGACUGAUUCUUCUAAUCAUCGAAUCAUGCGUUGGUCAAAAGGUGCCACACAAGGAAGUGUCAUUCUUGGUGGAAACGGACAAGGAGCACAAUCGAAUCAACUCUAUUCUCCCACAGGUUUAUCAUUCGAUCGACAUGGUAAUCUCUAUGUCGUCGAUCAGGGAAAUGAUCGAGUACAAAAAUUUAAUAUCGCAUAA